CGUGAAGUCACAGAGGACGGCGGCCUCUCGGCGGCAUCAGUCCGGCACCGCGCGCACCGCUGGAGGCAGUCGAGCUGCAGAGCGGAUCCUCUGUGUGUGUGAAGCAACUCCGGCUGAUGUUUGCGGCGGAGAGGAGAGGAGAGAGACGGACGGGAAGAGCGGGAGCUGUGGUUGGCAUGACAUUUGAGCAAAGUCUGAGGAGGAGCAACGCGCUGCCUAAAGUAGCUAUGUCUGCGGCACGGCGCUCCGCUGGACUUCGCACAGGUGAAUCAGAACUCCGCAGUGGCUUCGAGCCCCUUUCCUUCCGCCGCUGAACCGGAGAUUCGGAGGAGGGAGCAGGAGCGACGAGGCAGUGCCCGCUUCACCCCGCUACAGUCUGGCAGGUGCAGCCGCCAGGAGAGAGGGGCGGAGGGAGGCAGAGCUGCUGCCUAAUUAACUCCCCGACGAGCAAGAACACAGGGACGGCUUGCGGAAACAGGUGCGCACCGGAGAGGACACUAUGUCAAAGGAGACUAAAGGAAGAGGUGCGGGGCGAAAGCACAGCGCCUCCCACUGGCGUCUGCAGAACAUCGCACAAGAAUCCGUCGAAAGCUCCGAUGAGGAGUUCUUUGACGCCAGAGCAGAUGUUAUGGAGGGGAAGAGCGCCAUUCUGCUGGGCAUGAGUCAGUGGAACUCAAACGACCUGGUGGAGCAGAUCGAAACUCUGGGACAUAUGGAGGACCAGUCUCAUGAGGGUCUGUACCAGCUGGGCGGUCCACGCUGCGCCCCUCAGAGCAGCAUUGAAGGUUUGGAGGAUGCAGAGAGGAAAUGUAAAACCCACGUGCUGCUGCUGGCGGUGCACGGUGGAAACAUCUUGGACACGGUGGGUGGUGACCCGAGCACAAAGGCUGGCGAUGUGGCCACGCUGGCCUCGGUGCUGGAGAAGGUGACCCGGGCACAUUUCCAGGCCGCCGAGGAGCAUGUGAUGAUCAAAAUGGUGCCGUGUCCGGCCGUGUGCGCCGAAGCCUUCUCUCUAGUGUCCAACCUGAACCCGUACAGCUACGACGAGAGCUGCGUGUCGAGCAGCGUGGACCACCUGCCUCUGGCGGCGCUCCCGCUCCUCGCCAUCGUGUCCCCGCGCUACCAGGACGCCGUGGCGACCGUCAUCGACCGAGCCAACCAGGUCUACCGCAGCUUCCUGCAGUCUGAGGACGGCCAGGGAUUUACCGGCCAGGUUUGCCUGAUGGGCGACUGCGUGGGCGGAGUGCUGUGCUUUGACGCUUUGUGCUUCAGCAACCACCCGAGGCCCGGCAGCCCCAACAGCAGCAGCAGGAACAACAGCACAGAGAGCCUGAAGGACAACACGGGCCGGCUGCGGGAGUCGAGUCCCGGCCUGAGCUCCAGCAAGAGGCUGAGCAAGAGCAACAUCGACAUCUCUGCUCCCAACGAAGGCCAGGGCGGCCCGGCGCUCAGCCGCAAGCAGAGCGACUCGUACGACGGGGACACCUCUUCCACGGGCCAGCACAACUUUUUUUCCAGUUUGAUGAAGGAGGGUGCAGAGGUGCGCGGUGGCAGCAGCACCAGUCUGGUGUUGAAUCCAGGCCGGUUCGACUUUGAGGUGUCGGACUGCUUCCUGUUGGGCUGCCCUCUGGGACUGGUGUUGGCCAUGAGACGCACGGUGCUGCCUGCUAUUCACGUGGGCCAGCUUCGCCCAGCUUGCUCCCAGAUCUUCAACCUGUUUUACCCCUCCGAUCCUUCAGCCUCCAGGCUGGAGCCCCUCCUGCAGCCUCUUUUCCACAAGCUGCCGCCGUUCGCCGUGCCGCGCUACCAGCGCUACCCUCUUGGAGAUGGGCGCUCGCUGCUCAUCGCAGAAAGCAUCCAAAGCAACCCGGGCGUGUUUCUGGAAGGUGACAAAUCCCACGGCGGUCCAGCUUCACCGCAUUCCUGUGAGACGAAGACGGACGGAGGAGGAGGAGGAGGUGGCGAGGCGAGCGGUCGUAGAGGCAGCGUGACCAGCGUGGAAAGCGAAAUGUCAGUGUGCUCCAUGAGCCAACUAGGCAACACCAUCGCUAACAUUUCCAGCGGCUGGUGGGGCUCCAAGAGGCUGGACUUCGCUUUGUACUGCCCCGACGUGCUCACCGCCUUCCCCACGGUAGCUCUGCCCCAUCUUUUUCACGCCUCCUACUGGGAGUCCACCGACGUUGCCGCGUUUGUUCUCCGUCAGCUCAUGCGGUGCGACUGCGUAUGGACCCAGGAAGCGGACCACCUGGACUCGGCUCCGUUUUCUCCUUCCAGUCCGCGGGAGAAAUGGCUCCGGCGGAGGACGCAUGUCAAGCUAAGGAACGUCACCGCUAACCACAGGGUGAACGAUGUCAUAGCAACAGAGGACGGACCUCAGAUGUUAGUGGGCCGCUUCAUGUACGGACCCUUGGACAUGGUUACUCUAACCGGAGAAAAGGUCGACAUCCUGGUGAUGACUCAGCCUCAGUCUGGCCGCUGGGUGUACUUUGACAUGGAGGUGACCAACAGCAGUGGCAGGGUGACGUACACCAUUCCCAAAAGCAAGAAGCUCGGCUUGGGAGUGUAUCCAGUAAAAAUGGUGGUCAAGGGCGACCAGACCAGCGCUGAGGCCUACCUGACUGUGUUGCCGCGGGGCAUGGAGUGUGUGGUGUUCAGCAUCGAUGGCUCUUUUGCUGCCAGCGUGUCCAUUAUGGGCAGCGACCCCAAAGUCCGGCCUGGAGCCGUUGAUGUUGUCAGGCACUGGCAGGACCUCGGGUAUCUAAUCAUCUACAUCACCGGUCGGCCUGACAUGCAGAAGCAGCGCGUCGUGUCUUGGCUCUCGCAGCACAAUUUCCCGCACGGGAUGAUCUUCUUUUCUGAAGGGCUGGUUCACGAUCCCCUGCGACAGAAAACCAUCUUCCUUAAAAACCUCAUACAGGAAUGUCACAUCAAGAUAAACUCUGCUUAUGGCUCCAUGAAGGACAUCUCUGUUUACAACAUGUUGGGCCUAAGCCCCUCGCAGAUUUACAUCGUGGGCAGACCUUCGAAGAAGUACCAGAAUCAAUGCCAGUUCCUGAGCGAGGGUUACGCGGCCCACCUCUCCACGCUGCAGUUCGGACACAGAGCGCGGCCCAAGAAGUCCCCGUCGGUCCGCAUGGUGCUGAGGAAAGGCUCGUUCGGCCUCUCCGCCAAGCCCGACUUCCUGUGCAAGCGCACCCACCUGCGGAGAACGAUGUCAGUCCAGCAGCCCGACCCGCCGUGUGCGCCCAACCCCAAACCGGAGCGAGCCCAGAGCCAGCCGGAGUCGGACAAGGACCACGGCGGGGGAGGGCCGGGGGGAGUCGGGCAGGGUGCGUGGGGACGAGCCUCCAUGCACCGCGGGGACACCACGCCCUGACACCCACACCAACAUGGGAGGCGUUGAGGAGGAAAGAAGAAGAAGAGAACUAAUGGGUCUUGGUGUCCGGGGCCAAGAGUCUGCUGUACAUUGGAGUUUACUGGCAGUCCUUACAGCUAAGCUUUACCUCCUGCUUGGCCCUCUACACUUUUUCCACUCGCUGGGUUUCGUUUUGUGAUAUUCUCUAUAGAUAAGUUCAGUCUUCUGAAUUUAAAACAGUUGCAAAGUUGUUUUCUUUUGGCAAAUAAUUGUUCUGAGCUCAAAUGCUAUCUAAAUGUAAAAUUUGACCAAUGUGGUUAUGACUAUGAAUUUACUCGCAUCCUGUAUUUAUUGCACACUCACACGCCAAAAGCAUUAAACCUGGGAUGAAAGCGGUGGACUUUUCUCCAGACUGCGGAACGCUGCACGCCGUUUUGGUUCCGUUCAGACAAACGUACAGCGAGUUGAUCGCGUUGGCCGACUCCAGCCAGCACUGAGCCCCUCUGCCGAUGUAAAUAGCACACAUUCACUCCCAUGCUUGGGUCUCCGGACAAAGGAGUACUGUGACAUUUUGGCUUAAUCUCUACAUGAGUUCUGCGGCCUGCGGCGCUCCAAGUAUCCAAUCUCUGCCUCCGCCUUUUUUUUUUUUUUUUAAACUCCCGCUUGCAUGUGGCUCACAUCAGUGCGGAUCACGCAUUAUGACGGCCGACAGCAGCGCCUGGUCUGGAGUCUUCGAAGAGAGACGUGGCAUGUACAGCUCCGCUCCCGCCGAGGUCACUCUUGUUUUUCUGGGGGGUUUUUUGCACUAAACGGCCGUAUUCUACACAGUCGCUGCUUGGUGGUUGAAACAAUAAAUGUUAUGAAUAUUGCCUAAACAUGUUUACAGGUUAUCAAGCAGUUGUGACAAGUGAUGAGAGCCUCUUUUCUGUAACUAGCUUUAUUAGCAGCUUUAGUUCACUCGCUUGUUCGACGCCCUUAGCUAGUUAAGCCCGCGGACUUUGUUCCGCUUGAAAAUCGGCCGGGACGCACCUGCAUUUAUUUAUUACUGCUGCACUGAAAACUCGAGUAUUUAUGCUGAAAUCCGACAGUCUUGUGCACUUGAAGUUUUACGUGGUUAUAUUUGGAAAAAUCUGUGCAUAUUUUUCUAUCAGGAAAUACUGUAAAUAGAGAUAUUUUCAAUGUAUGUUUUUAGAUCUGUGUUGAACGGUUCACUCUUUUCCUUUUAGCCUUAAAUUGUUUACUUAUGUUGUGGAGCGUUCGUUUCUAUCAUCAGUCCUGGCAUAAAGUGCAUUAAUGUCGAUGUUUGACAGGUUUUAGAUGCUGUGGUAGUGUGUGUGUGUGUGUUGGUGAAUACUCAGAGUGUGUAAAUGUCUCUGCAGAGGAGUCAGAGGAGGAUGAAGAAGCCGACGAGGAUCUAUCUGCGUGUUCUCUUUGCAGCUCCACUGCCAGUUUUUUUAGGAACAGCGCUACAGUUUUGUGGCCCUGGAAAGAAGCAGUAGGGCACAGGAGGAUUACUCAACUGAGUCUUUUAUACCUGCUAUGAAAGGAGAGGGGAUUAUGCGGUCUUAUGGUGUCUUGUUUUAAAUAAAAAUCUGUGCAACGAAUGAUUUGUGCAAUCCAGAAGGGAGGAUUAUCGUGAAAAUCUUUCUUUCUUUUCCUGUAGCCUGCAUAAAGUUUGACUUUUGGAUUAUUGCUACGUACGUAUGACUGAGUGCAGUGCUGCCUCUGAAAUAACACUGCACCAGUUAUUUAUUGAUAAAUGUAUGAUAUUGUAAGAAAAAAACAACAACUUUACAACGUAUGUUUUUGUUUUGGAUGUACAGUUCCACUGAGAAGUUUACGAUAUUUCACCUCGUAGUGACGUAUAUAAACCAUACUUUUUUUCAGCGUGGAAUGAUGAUACAACAAACGACUUCAGCGAUUUUAAAAAUAAAAAAUGCCAGAGCUGUGGAUCAAUCUAGUUUGCUGGAAUUUAUCAUGAUGAGAAAUCUGGUCAGGUUUAUGUGCCACCUUGCUCACACACUUAUGACCUGCUCUGCCCUCAAAAUGUUUUUACAGAGAUCAGAAUUUUAUGAAAUCUAAUCCAGAUUUUUGACGAUCCCAUUAGUAACUAAUGUGGCAGUAUGUUUAAGCUAGUCUGACUUCCAAGUCUAGCUAGCUUUUACACUAAAUAACUAACUAGCUACGGUAGUUCCUGUAAGUAGCUAGAUAGUUAUCUAGCUAGGUAGCUAAGUGGAUAGCUAGCUAGCUUUUAUCUGUUGUUAAAACCCAUUUACAUGCUAAAUUUAAUAGACAUAUUUUUAUUGUUUUUAAUCUGUUACUUAGGUAAUUCAACCAACCAAAUGAUGCAAAGUGCUAUUAUACAUAUUAAGUGUUUUAGGAACUCCUGUGGACAUUAGCGUUGGGGACAUCUGUACUGCUUCUUCUUUUUUCUUUUACUUAAUAUAACUCUUAUUAUAUUUACCUUAUAUAUGUUUCUUGUAUUAUUUUUCCUUUUCCUUUUCAACUUAUUUUGUUAUCAUUUUUUUGUACAGCACUUUAGCACAGUUUUAAACCUGUUUUUAAAGUGCUCUAUAAGUACAUUUGAUUUUGACAUUGCUUCAUCCUGUUUCGCAUCGAGACAUACUGUAUGUUAGCCUUGAGUAGCAUCAGUGAUAACCUAACUCUUUUUUUUGUACAGCUUAAACACAACAACAGUCUUUUCCAGCAUCCCAUCACAAAGUUUUUCAAAGCAAAAUUUAACCCCUUGUAGACCAAGAGUAGGAGUUUUUUUUUGUCCAUCGCUGCUGCUGUUUCCAAUCAUUUCUGCACCAAAUUUAUGGACGUACAAGGAACGCUCAAAUGCAAAGGUCCUGGCUGGAAACGAAAAUUUUAACAUGUUAAAAGCAGUGUAACUAAUUAACCAAAAUGAACACGUUAGUCCCUAACAUAGUGUUCAGUAAAGCUGUUUGUUGUAUAAUCGCUGCUCCCCAUAAAAGAAAGUGUGAAUGCGUUAUUAUUAACAGUAGAUUCUCACCAAUAAUGAAUGUAUGUAAAUGUCUGACCAGAACUGUACAUGUUGCCGAAGCAGCCAAAUGAACAUUCCCAUUAUUAACAGACACUUUAAACAAAUAGAUCCUGUGCAACCUGUAAUGCAUAUUUUAAAACUUUUAUGCUAUAAAAUAUAUAAAAAUUACAGUUAUUAAAUGGCAAAUAACAAUCUAAGUUAUUUGUAGCGCGAGUGAUCAUUAUUCAGUAUUCUUUACAGUGUAAAGAAUACACUGUAAAGUGUAUUACUUUACACUUUAUAGCAAAGUGUAAAGUAAUACACACUUUACUACUGACCAAAUAAAAAAUAACCACAAUUUCACAUAAUUCAUGAAAAACCAGGGAUUAAAACCAGUAAGAUAAACAUCUUAAUUAGAACUUGUAUUUAUUACAAGUGAAUGAGUCUUUAAAUGAAAAAAACAUAUCUUCCUACAUGGUACAGAUACAAAUCUUGUAGAACUCCUGAUAAUAUUAUCAAGCACAUAUCAAAUAAAGGAUAUUGUCAAUUUAUGGACAUUCACACCUCAUGACUUGACUAUUGGUGAUUUGCCAUUUAUUAACGGCACAUGACGUGAGCUUUACUGUGAUGUAAACUUUGAAUCCAUGGUAAAAACAAAUGAGUAAAAUUCCUCAAAUCUACAAAAUUAUUUUUUUGUACAGAUCUGUUACGAUGAACAUGUGGUUGUGUUUCUCGGGCUCGGUCCGUCUUUCACAUAAAUAAAGAUAUUUCAUAGAUGA